AUGAUUAAUCGUUAUGAGCUGCUUCAUAAGCAACUAUUUGUGCCCAUCUGGUCGUACGAUCUCAUUGAUAGAGACAGUUGGCUAGAAAAAGGCAUCAGUUUGGCUGAGCUGAUGCUCGACAUUGUGCUGAAAGUGGAGGAGUCAGACGCGGCUGUUGGGCUGGAGAACAUUCUCAUUGAGAAACUGAGUGCAUUUCUCACAACACUCCGCCAAAUAUCCUGUUUGAAACUUGUCUAUCAUAUUAAUAUCACAUACAAACAUUUCGUCGAGGAUAACUUCAACGAGGUUGCCUUCUUCCUCCUCACUGAAAGUCCAGUUGAUCUGAUCUCCGAUCUUAUCAAUGACUUCCUGAUGCAAACUCUAAUGGUCAAAAAAUUGGAUUCCGAUUUGGUCUACAGCUAUUGUAUUGAGAGACUUUUGAGGUCUUUACCUGUUGGGCUGGUAUAUCCCGGCGCUCCGUGGGAAAUCAGAGCCGUAAAAAUAAUUCGAGCAAUUUAUACUGCCCAGGUGCGUUUGGAAUGUGUGGUGAGUUUAUUGAAGUCGGCUGCGGCUCCACUCAGCUCAUUCAUAAUGGAGACGGUGGACGAGGCACUGGCUCUGAAUCACCCUUUAACGGCCGCCAUUCGCGAACAACUGCAACUGGUUCCGAGCAAAAUGGUGCUGAAAAAGUAUGAAUUCAAUGAAAUCUACAACACUGACCACAUGGAAACGAUAAUGAACUUUAUUAUUCACUCAAAUGAUGAAAAUAGCUUUGCAGAUAGUUUAAUCAUUGCAAAAACAAUCAACAUGGAAGAUGAUGUCUACUUGGGAUUCAUAAUAAAAUUCAUUGAAGAAGGCAACCAUGCUAAAAUUUUGGAAAUAAUGAACAAACUUGAGCCAGAGGUGUUGGAGAGAAUUCAAACAAGGUUGAAUCUACAGGCAAAUAGUAUGAGAGAUAGAAUGCAAUUUGGGGAUGAGGAAAGUAUGAAACGAUUAAAGAGACUCCGGCCUUAUUGCUCGAGUAUGGAUCAAGGUCUGGCGAGGUCGUGUCAGCUAGAGUUGGAUUUUAAUAUAAAGUCGCAAGUUGCCGAUUUACAUAGUAGAAAAAGGAUUGAAGAAUUGGCACAUAAAGCUUAUAAACACCUCAUUCAAGAAUAUGGAAGAGCUGAGUACAUAGUACAAGAGGCCAGUAGACUGACUGAGAUCUUUGAAAUUGCCCAUCCCUAUAUGAUUUUGGAAGUGGCAUCAAUGGCUUUGCAUGAGGAAAAUGGCGAGCUUGCUGUCGAAUUACUCAGAUAUCUCGUUGAUUCAGGGUCUAUUGAUCAUAAAUUGUGCACAAAAUUGUUGGAUUUUGUUGGGGAACAUAUUUUCAACCUUACCAAGUACAUGUGCAACACCUCCAAGCCAUUUGAAAUCGCCUCACUCUUGAAAACCGUGUCAAGCAUGUGUUUGGAAUCCGCGUCAGACAUCACCAUUCUGCAGGCAGUUGAAAUUUCGAUUUGGGUGAAUCUGAUCACCGGUUGUCAGCCCCAAGUUUCAUUUUUCUCAGAGGAUAUUCCUUCAACACGUCUUUUCCAGUUCCUACCAGAAAUGGUCACUUCUAUUCUCAAAGAAUAUGCCUCGUUCGCCUGUGCCGAGGGCUCCAGGAAUAGAACAGUGCAUCGGAUUUUCAGAAAUACUGUGAUGCCUACUUCAAACCUAACGGUGAACGAUAUAGCAAGUUGUGUAGAAUCGGCAGUGAACGGUCUGAGGCAGAUGGAACACAACACUGUUGCUCUUCAAGUUGUCACCGAUUUGUACUGUUGUUUGUCGUCUAAUACCAAACUGGCCACCGAAACCCCUGCCGGCAAUCGAGCUCCUCAUGUUGACAUCUGGUUGAGUUCGAUGGAUAGAGUAAGCUGGGAGACACUAUGCAAUCGGUGUUUGUCUGAUAUCCUGCAGAAAGUCAGCCUCAAGAAAGUUCCUUGCAAACAUUUGAAUUUGACUGUUGGGUUGGCAAUGCUCAACGUAUACACCGAAGAGGAAGCUUUCUGCUGGCUCAACAAUCAACUUGAGACUCAUUUGUAUUCUGCCAAUCGCACCAAAGCAGUGGCGGUUCUAGGAGCUUUCUAUUGGAAACUGAAAGGAAAUGAUAACCUGCACAAGAAAUUUAUGGCUUUUGCUUUGAAGGGACAAUGGGGAAAUAAACUGUCGAAAUUGGGCCUUCCUUAUAAAGAUUACAUCAACAUGGACAAACAGGACGUGGUUAUGAGGCUGAUAAGCAUGCCCAGCGUGGGCCUGGAUGUGCUACGGGACUACUGUGGUGUGGACUUCAACGACUGCCUUCUGAAUUACAUGAAGCAGCUGGUUUUGUCCUGGGAACCCGCCAUGACAGUUUCUGUCGAUGCGUCCGGAGCUCGUGUUCUACAUGUCAAAAAUACAGCUGAUGGAAUUCUAAUGAAAAUGAAGAGCGUAUCCAGUCUUGUAGACAAUCAUUUGAAGUUCAUGGAAUUCUUCGCGAUCACUCUUUGGAAAAAGGUAAACUGCUAUUACUACGAACUGUAUAUAGUGCUAUUGGAUCUAUUCGAUCAUGUGUCAGAUCUGGUAUCCGACAAACGAAUCAUUUCAAAGGAACAAUUUCCUUCUAUGAAGCACUACAGAUAUAUUUUGCUCUUUCUUAUCAACUACAGGAGGAUGAGUCCUCCUUCCUCCCAAGAAGAGGAUAUGUUCUUCGUGGAUUACAAUUAUUUGCACACACUUCCUGCUAUCUCUGAAUUCCGCUUGCCGUUCACCUACCUAGUGGCCGAUAAGUACACCAUUCUAAAAAGUGAAUUGAGCCUGAGUACAUACAAGCUGUGGGUUUCCGUUUCAACUCUUUUUUGCUUGAAUAAGAGUAUGCUCUGCUCCCUUGCCAUCUACAAAAUGAAUUUGGAGAAAUUGGCAACUACGACCAACAAAUCGAAAGAGGAGUGGUGCAUCCACGUCUGCAAUGAGAAACUGCUUGAAGAGAUCAGAGAAUGUGUCUCCUAUAUUGAAGACAAAGAAAAGGCAUGCGCUUGUCUGUUUUUUGUCGUCAAAAAUUUACCUCCAGGUGCUGACCAAGUGACAGCUGCUAACAUGUGCUAUGAGCAUACUGCCAACUGGGCUGCAGAGGACGCUAACAUCGGCUCAAUCGCUCAACAGAUGCUCGAAAAGGUACACAAAAAACUGUUGAAAGUGAGUACAACUCAUAUUCUGUACAAGUACAACCUUGCCCGUCGCGAGUAUUUGGAUCUAGUGCUGAAUCCUUCGAUGCUCAUCAACUGCCUCUACCAUGAUCCAGCCAUAUUGUCCAAGACUGACCCCAAACUCGUACAGGUCCAUUGUCCAGAUAUAAAUAACGCAGUAGCAGAAAUUGAGAAAGCACACCAAACGAACUUAGCUAGUAUCAAAUUGGAACUUUUGGAGAAAUGGUUGGUACCCGACAGCAAUAUGGAUGACUCAAUGAUCUCCGAAUCGAACAACAUCAAAUCAGUGGCCAAACUCAGUGAAGAUGAUAAUCUAACAAGAGCCUGCUAUUUGCUGAAAAACGAAGAUGCAAAUUUUGCGUGCAAUUAUCUGGUGAGCAAAGCCUACACCAAUGAGAUGCAACCACUAGAAGUGAAACUCAGAGCUCUGCAGUGUCUCAUAAAUAUUAUAACACCUCAGCAAAUUUUUGAAGCCACCGGUAAAGAUCUCAAUUCAAUAAGAGAGUACAUGAAGAGCUUGUGGUUUGUGUAUGGCAUGGAGCAGCUCGGACUGAACUGCUCUGUGAAGAUGUUCGCGGCCCGCAAUAAGUCGGAAUUAGUCGCCGAAAUCCUCAGCCAAAAGUCAGCAGCCAGCGCGAUUCUGGCCGCUCACAUCUGUCGUGAAUACGAACUGCACAAUCCUGUCUAUUGGAACACAAUCUUAAAACUAUUCACUGAGUCGUCCAUGGUUUUGGUGGAGCAUUUAGAGGAAUUCAUCUUCAGACUGGGAAUCGAUUGGUAUCUUUUGGAUAGAGAAAUUUUGUCUUCGGCUUGGAAUCGUUUGAUUUAUUUGCGUUUCUUUCAAGUUGAUGAGCUUUCCGAAGACAAGGAUUCUCAAGUGGAUAGAAUUGUAGAAAACAUCAACAUAUGCCCUUCUCCAGAUCUUUUAAAUAAGAAAUUCAUCAAAGAGCAACUGAUGAGGUUAAACUCCAAGCAUGUUAUACUUUAUAAGUAAUAGCUGCUGUCUAAAUGUAAUAUUUUUGUAAUUACAAAUAAUGUAAACUAAAGCUACGUUUACACCAAAGUUAUUAACAAAAUAUUUAUUUUUCUGUCCUUAUAGAUUAUAUUAGAUUGAACAUAACUUAUCAUACACAUGAUGUGCAUAUGUGUUUGUCAAGCUCCGUUCAAUCCAAUAUAAUCUAUAAGGACGGAAAAAUAAACAUUUUGUUAAUAACUUUGGUGUGAACGUAGCUUAAGUAUAAAAGUCUAGAAGUAAUUUUUUAAUGAUGUAUGGAUGUAAUUUUUCAAAUGUCUGAAUGGAAUCUUUUGUUAUUAAAAAUAAUGUAGAACUGAGUCAUAAUUAGUAAUUCAAAUAAUGUAAGAAAUGGUUUAUAGAGUAAUUUCAUAAUAAUUAAAAUUUUGUUAGUAAAUCGCA